GCCCUACUUAUUGACCUCAGACCACAUUGUUCGAGCUCGCUUUGACCUCGACAAUACCCCGCUGUUCAGGGCAAUGAGCGCGCCGACUGCUCCAGAAGCGAAAGGCAAGCGAGCUGCAGUCGCCGCAGUCUCCGAGCCAAUGUCUAUUCCACUGACGGGGGACGCUCGGCGUGAGCCAGACGUCUUCUCCCUGUCUUUUGCGGGAUCGAGCUCUUCUGGUUCUAGGUACGAUUCCCGAUUAUCCUACGCUUUUCCUCCAUCGCAGCCCGCUGUCUUGGGCGAUGUAGAAGGCAUCAUCCACGUCCCUGCAGAUGAGGAGCUUGAUGAAGCAGCCGCUGAGAAGGGCAAAGGUCGAGAGCUCCCUCCUACUCUCCCACCACUGUCCUUUUCCUCCACGCGCUUUUCAUACGAGACAGAAUGGUCGUCGAUGGCGGGUUCGUCAUCCUACGGCUCGAGCUAUUCGUCGAUGAGCGGUGCCAAAUCGAGUUCCGAGUCGGCAUCGCCUGUGGGUAGGGCGUCCAACGGCGCGAGUGCUCCGAGCACACCGGCAUUGCUACAGGCCUCCGAUACGGGAGCGUCGCGCCGGCGCACCAUCUCCAGUGUAUCACGUCAUUCAUUGCGAUCGCUGUCGACGCCUUCACUGCCGAAGAUGAAGGUCAAGUUCGCGACCUCUAAGGGGGCACCGGGCACCUUGGCUCGCAAGCUCUUGUUUAAGAAGAGCCCUCCGACUGGUCCUCGAGCACUCUCUGCUGACCUAGACAACAUCGUUGUCGACCCUUCGGUCACUGCAGACCUCACGAAUUUGCAGUAUCUAGGUCCCGGCAGCUGCGUCGUACCAUGGUCUCGCGACGUGCAAUCGCGCAGUCCUCUGGCUUCUCCCAUUGUCGAGACAAACUCCGUCUGGGGAGUAGUUGAUUCUCAGCGAAGCACGCGGAGUGCGGUCCCUAUGCGCACGAAGGGCCGCGCAUAUUCGUCUCCUUUACCACUGCCUACCUUCAACUUCGACGACAUCGUUCCGCUGGCACCUGCGGACCUUUACGAGGAACCGACAAAGGAGAAUGAUUCCUAUUUUGAGGAUCUCCUGCCGCACGAGCUGAAGCUCCAGAUUCUCCUCUCAGUCGUCGACCUUCAUCAAACAGAUUUUGAGAAACGCACUGCAGACGGCAAGUGGACAGUGCACAAGGCAUCGUCUUCACGCCACAAGUGGAUCGGCAGAGAAAAGGGCAUCAGGGAGCUGUUCAGACUGAGCAGGGUCUCUCGCUCGUGGCGGCAACUGGUGCUUGACGGACAGCUCUGGUCGAAGCUGGAUCUUCGCUCUUUCCCCAAGCUCCCAUCGGAUGUCGUUGUCCAGCUCGCUCAAUCUGCCGGUGGAUUCGCAAGAGGCCUUGACCUUUCCGGUCAUGGUGCCCUUUGCCCUUCGACUUUCAUAGACAUCUCCCAACACCUUGCUGUGCAACCCGCGCUUUCUGGUGCUGGCCUCCCUCACACCAACUUGACCCAUAUCAGCCUCCAAGGGUGCUAUUCGCUCACAACUCGAUCGCUACAUCAUAUUCUCCUUCGUUCCCCUCGUCUUCAGAGGCUGUACCUCCGGGGACAGCUCGCGGUAACAAACGCGACAGUUGAGGUCUUAGCGGCUCACUGUCCUCGGCUUGUUGCCUUGGAUCUGAGUAGGUGCCACAGCUUGGAUGCAGAAGGCAUUCGUUUUGCUGCUGCGGCAGCAGUCGGACGAGGGGAGCGAAUCAAUCUGAAGGAGCUGAGAUUGUCCGGUUUGAAAGGUGUUAACGACGACAUGAUGACUGCACUCGGUCGCGCGGCUCCAUUCCUCGAGGUGCUCGACCUAAGCUACACGACGGUUCACAACUCCGCUAUCGAGGCUUUCGUUGCCUGCAACGAAAGAGACUCGGCCACUCUUCGGGCUGUUCACCUCAGUGCCCGCGAAGCAGGUCGCGACCCUUCCGACCCGAACCGGUACUGGCGCCGGGUUACCAGCCUGCGUCACCUUAACCUCUCCUCCUGCGUUCUCCUCACCGACCAUGCAUGUUCGCACCUCGCGCACGCCGUGCCCAAGCUCGAGUUCCUCGAACUUGCCGGCAUUGGCCCCGAGCUCCGCGACGACGGUCUCGUGCGCCUCCUGAACACAACCCCCUACAUCCGUCGACUCGAUCUCGAGGACGCCACGGAGGUCACGGAUGCGGUCCUGCAGGCCCUCACGCCUUCACCGCCUCCCACCUCUCCACCCCGCGGUGCGCCACCUCUAACCCCUGAGCCUGGUCACGCGCUCGCACACCUGGUGCUCUCGUACGCCAGCGUGGAGAGCGAUGCGCUCACGGAGCUCAUCCGCCUAUGCCCGCGGCUGCGCACGCUUGAGGCGGACAACACGCGCAUGACCGGCCUCGUGCUCCGCGAGUUCGUGCAGACGAUGCGCAGCCGCAAGGCGCACGACGCGAAGGUCGUCGUCAUCGACUGUCGCAGCGUCAGCGAGCAUACCAUCAAGGAGCUCGCGCCGCAGACGCGGCCGAGGAUGGGCUGGCGGUCGUGGCAUGCGCGCAAGCUCGCGUACCUCGACGGCCGCGACGACGAAGGCCUUAGUGUCGGGCAGGACGAAUGCGAUACCGCCCGUGUCGUCGUCAAGUCGUUUUAUUCGUGGCAGACCGUCGACGCUGUCAAGGCUGCGCGAGAGAAGAAGCGGCUUGCGGGCUCGAGACGAGCCAACAACACAUCAGGGAAUAGUUCCAUUUCGGAGCCCGUGUCUCCUUCUCCCGUGCGCGCCCGCUGGUGGUCUCCAAGCGGGCGGAGGUCGAGUGGACCUGCGACGCCAACACUACUGGAUAAUGCUGAUCGCAGUGAGGGUUGUACGAUAAUGUAAUUUCGUUCGUGGACGUGUAUAAUAUUGUAAGUGCUAUUGCCCUGGCUGACCACUGUAUUCUCGACAUCCUCUUCCCAAUUGUGUAUCUCUCUCCGAUCCCUCACCUGUAUAGAUUUCGUCUCGAGUAAAUAGUUACUUUGUUGUUUGUUU